AUGUAUGUCGACCUUGCAAAAAGAUCAAAAGCUGCGGCAGGUAUUUCCACUGCCCUCGUCAUUGUCGUGUUAGGUCUCGCAGCCUUGGUGGUAUGGCGCACUAAGAUAUUCCGGAGAAAACCCGAAGAGAAGAAGCUGAUGACUACUCUGAGCUCUUUGAGAAGCUUGGUUCCAUGGCAAUAUAAAACACUUGACCCAUGGGCAGAAGGAAGUCCAUGUCCACGAGUGCCUAGUGGAACUAGCUCUGAGGUGUCGCUGAAUUUAGAGAAAAUUAGUUAUCCUGGAGCAGCGUACUUGGUUGAGCGUGAAGAGAAACAGAAUCUGAACCCUUUUGAGUGCUAG